AUGAAUAUAAUUGAACCAAAUAUUCAAAAAACUAUUCAAGAUAAUAUGCCUGAAUUACAAUAUAUCCAAGAAAUUAUUCAAGAUAAUAUAGCUAAAUUGUGUAUUCAAGAAACUAUCCAGUUUGAUAUUCCUCUUAUAAACUCUUAUAAUAUUAAUAUAAAACAAGUUGAGUUAAGCAAUAUAAUAUCUGAGAGCUUAAUUAAUGAAGUUUCAACAGAUAAUACUCUUUUAAUAAUUAAAGCAAUGGAGCAACUUGGUAUUGAAAAUAUAGAUAUAGUUGUAUUAAACAAAGCUAUUUUUUUAUUAUAUUAUUGA